AGUUGGCCCUGUGACUCCUUGCCGGGACGGUAUAACAGUAGCCUACCGAGCGAGGGACCAGGCGGUGGAUGGGGAAGGGAAGUAGCCGCAGCAGCAGCAGCAGUCGGGCGCGCCGACCGAAGCAUGCUCCAGCGCAGUCAUGACUUGCUCGGCGUCAGAUAGCGAGAAGAUCGUGAUCAACUGCGGCGGGAUCCGACACGAGACCUACCGGAGCACCCUGAAGACGCUGCCGGGCACACGCUUGUCCUGGCUGACCGAGCCCGACGCCUACAGCAACUUCGACUACGACCCCAAAUCCGACGAGUUCUUUUUCGACCGCCACCCGGCCACCUUCGCCUUCAUCCUCAACUACUACCGCACUGGCAAGCUCCACUGCCCCAACGAUGUGUGCGGGCCGCUCUUCGAGGAGGAGCUCGCCUUCUGGGGCAUCGACGAGACGGACGUGGAGGCGUGCUGCUGGAUGAACUACCGGCAGCACCGCGACGCCGAGGAAGCCCUGGACAGCUUCGAGACCCCCGAGCCGGACGCGCCGGAGGACGAUCCGGCGCUCACCGGCGGGGCGGACGGCGACCUGAAGCGGCUGUGCAUGCAGGAGGACGGCCGCAGGACGACAAGGUGGGAAGUGUGGCGGCCCUUCAUGUGGGCGCUGUUCGAGGACCCGUACUCCUCCAAAUACGCGCGGAAUGUGGCGUUUGGCUCGCUCUUCUUCAUCCUUCUCUCCAUUUCCACCUUCUGCCUGGAGACCCACGAAGCCUUCAACACCAUCUACAACAAAACAGAGAAUGUUACUGUCGGCAACGUGACGCAUGAGGAGAUAGUGUACGAGGUAGUCACAGAUGGCUGGCUGACAUAUGUGGAGGGCGUCUGCGUCAUUUGGUUCACCAUUGAGGUGAUGGCGCGUGUCGUCUUCUGCCCUGACAAAGCAGAGUUCUUCCGCAGCACCCUCAACAUCAUAGACUUUGUGGCCAUCGUGCCCUUUUACCUGGAGGUGGCGCUGAGCGGCCUCUCCUCCAAAACAGCCAAAGACGCGCUGAGCUUCCUGCGCGUGGUGCGCUUUGUCCGUAUCCUGCGUAUAUUCAAGCUGACCCGCCACUUUGUUGGCUUACGGGUCCUGGGCCACACUCUGCGGGCAAGCACCAACGAGUUCCUGCUGCUCAUCAUCUUCCUGGCGCUGGGCGUCCUCAUCUUUGCAACCAUGAUCUAUUAUGCCGAACGCAUCGGUGCCGACCCAGCUGAUCCAACAGCUGCGGCCCACACCAACUUCAAGAACAUCCCCAUCGGGUUCUGGUGGGCUGUGGUGACCAUGACCACGCUGGGCUACGGGGAUAUGUACCCUGAGACAUGGUCAGGAAUGCUGGUGGGUGCCCUCUGCGCCUUGGCCGGUGUGCUGACCAUCGCCAUGCCUGUGCCCGUCAUCGUCAACAACUUCGGCAUGUACUACUCCCUGGCCAUGGCCAAGCAGAAGCUCCCCAAGAAGAGGAACAAGCACAUCCCCCGAGCGCCACAGCCCGGCAGUCCCAACUACUGCAAGCCAGAUGCCCUGGCUAUGGCAACCGCCUCCCCACACAGGCUGAUGGGCAACGUGCUUGGCCCGGGCAUGGUGGGAUCUGGCAGCAUGAUGGGCACUGGAGACUGCCCACUGGCACAGGAGGAGAUCAUCGAGAUCAACAGGGCAGAUUCCAAGCAGAAUGGCGACGCUGCAGCCAACGCGGCCCUGGCCAACGAGGACUGCCCCACCAUCGACCAGGUCCUCGGAGACGAGCGCAGCCCGGCCACGGGGGGCCUUGGCUCCACCACCAGCCGCGAGCGCUACCCGCAUGACCGGGCCUGCUUCCUCCUGAGCGCCGGGGAGUUCCAGCGCACGACGGACGGGAACGUCCGGAAAGGAGGCACUGUGAACGGCUACUGGAGCGACAGCCCGUGGUAGAGGAAGAGCGGACAACAAUCGCCACAAGGGAAGAAGCGAGAGAACAUGACAAGAGACAGCAUACAAACAUAGAAAUAUGCAAUGUAGAUAAAUGAGACUGCGGCGGUUGGACCUUCGUGUUUCUGUUCACUUAUGUUGUAUCUACAGCACACAUGCGUGUGCAUGUGGAUGUGUGUGUGUGCAUGAGUGUGUGUGUGUGUGUCCCUUGAUCUGCAUCUACCUCUCUACUAAGAUGCACAACUUGGAAACAUACUUUUUGCUUCUGCAAGACAUUUUUUUUUUUUAUUAACAAGCUUUGUGUGAGCACAUGAUGAUGUCAUCUUUCUGUCAGUUAGUUGUUUUUUUCUCCAACAUAUCAGUGUUUUGUUUUUUGUUUUUUGUUUUAAACUGUAAUUUUCUGAUGUUGCAGAAAUGUUUUGAUUCUUUUGAAAAAACAACAAUGUUUUAGACAAUAAUUGUGUCUGUUGGUUAAAUGCUUAAAUCCCUUGUACUCAUCUGGCGCUCUCACCUUUCUGCUCCCCGGCCAGAAGGUAACAGACAGCUGUCAGUUGGAUGGAAAUCAUUCCCUUUGAUUUGCAAUCGAUUCCCAUAAGACCAUCAUACACUCCUUUUUCCAGCAUUGCAUUCAAGCUGGGAGUAAUGGGAGGUGAGAGCUCCAAAUGAGAAGACUUUGUCUGAAGAGCAUAUUACUGGUAAUUUAAGAAUUAGUUCAACAUUUUGGAGAAAGAACGCUAUGUUGUAGCCAGGAAGCAAUCGGCCUAGUUUAGAUUUAAAGCUUGAAGCAGGGGGCAAAUAGCCGGCCUGGCUCAGUCCAAGUGGAUACAAAAAUGCACAUUAUAUCAUUUCGAAAAUAGCUUUUUUGGUGCUCACCAAAAAAUAGUAACAGCAUGCAUAUCUCCAAUGUGUAUUUUUUACAAUUUACAACUUUUUAUGCUCAGAUAAAUUAGAGAGAGCUUAUUCAUUAUUAUAAAUGAGCUAUAGACGUGGCGAUAUGCAUUUUAGUUCCAGCCUAGCUGUUUCCCCCCUGCCUCCAGUUUUAAUGCUAAGCUAACGUAAUUGCCUCCUUAGCUCAUCUCACUCUUAAAGGAUGUGAAUCCUUUUUUUUUCUCUUUUUUUUCCCAAAAUGAGGAGCUAUCGCUUUAACAUCAUGUGACCCUGAUUUGGGGUCAUACAGUGUUUUUUCUGUUUCCUGUUUAUCCUUAUGCUCAAGCCACGCUUCACUAUCCAGUUGUUGCUAGUUGGAGAAUCAUUUUAAGCCCCAGUCCUGUUAGACACACACACACCACAAACAAACAUAGAUGUAAACACACACUCCAGUCUCUCUACUGAACCCGUCUAUUGUUUCUGAGCAUUUCAUUCUCUCCUCAUCCUCCUCUACCUUCUCAACGUCCACUUGUCACGAGUGAGUCUGCCGCCUCCCCAAAGGCCACUGCUGAUUGGUCGCUUUUGUCACGGUGAUUGUAAAUAUGUAAAGUUAGCGUUGUAUAUGAAUCUGCAUGGGUUACCAUUGCAAGCAAUAAGGAUAAUAAUAUGAAUAAUAAUGCAAGAAGGUUUGAUAGGGUUUUAGUCUCGAGCUUAAUGAAUGUGUAUAUAUUGUUUAGACUACUAAGAGUGUGUAUGGGUGUGUGUUAAGAUGCAUACAUAUGCACUAACAAAGCAUGCAGGACAAAAAAAUGUUCACCUCUUUGAAUGCAAGAAGAGGGAGAACAGGCUGACAUUAUGCAUGCCGAAAUGCUAUGACGCUAUUGGUCAGAAGAGACCAAGUUAGGUACUGUAAAGGGGCCGGUGGGGGUGGGAAAGUUUAUUUUUGCAGGACGGGGCGGGGUUACAUUUCUAGUAGGUCUUGUAUAGCUGCUUUCUUAUCGAAACUUGAGAGACUUAUGAUAAGAGAAACAUAUUAACAAUCGUAGCUUAUGAUACUUUUUUUUAUUUAUUUUUGCUUCUCUUUUCAGAGAACUGUUCUGAAAGCCCCGAGCUUAUCAGAUAUAUGCAAAAAGAAGCAGUUACUGUGAACUAACGCUAAGACAUGAAAAAAAAUCCAGCUUCUUCCAUCAUUGUCUUGACUCCUCUUCUGCAAGAGAGAGGAGAGAGAGACCUCCCCCAAGAUACCUCCACACCAAAACUCCCCUCUCCGUUUGCCUCAUUCUACCGCUUCCUCGUUAUCCGUCUGUGACUUCAUCCUGCCCACGUCAUGUUUCAUUUCCUUCCGUCCCGUCUUAUUGUCGACUCUUGCAUUUAAAGUGCAGUGGGUUCAAAAGAAGGAUACCUCUGCAAUGUGAGAAUGCAAUGAUUCAACACAAGCACCCACCAAGGAUGAGGAUCAGGGCUGCGAGGGCUCCUUUGGGAACCCCCUUGAGUGAAGGGGGGCUUCUCUAUUUAAGUGUAAUUUAAAUGGAUUGAAUACAGAUUUAUUUAAGAAUACUCACCGUGUAAGCAUAAUACAGUAUCGCACCGAAUAUAAGAUGACCUUGAUUAUAAGACACCAUUCUGAAGACACAAAACCCUUUCUGGCUUAUUUUUCAGACUAGUCCUAUAGCCUACACUGUUAAUCCAAAGAGAAGAUAAUAAUCACCCUUUUACAAACCUGAAAUACUUCCACUAAAGCAGAAUAUAAAUCAUGCAGCUCGUCUACAAUCAGCAUUGCACCAGUUCCCAUGACAAACAGCCAGUAUGAUUUCUCCAUUGGAUUUCAGAUUAUUGCAGAAAAUGCAAUCGGUGGAAAUAAAAACGUUUAGUCACUUGUGAGCAAAUGGGGUUUUUUAAGACACAAAAGCUUCAACACUAACCAGAGAGGUAUUUACUGACGUAGAAUAAAACGGUAGAAUUUCUUAUAAUUUCCUCAACUAACACUAACCCACAGACCUCAUUUCAGGAAUCUACUCCAAAAAAGCUGUGUCUUUAUAAAGAGGGAAGUUCAAUGCUAACUCGUUUCCAGAUGUUAGGACUCGUCCCUGCAGCACUCAAUACCCUCCAUUAAAAAUUAAAUACAAUUGAUGUUAUGAAUGCAUACAUGUCUAAUCCCCAAACUCCCAUUUUUUGAGACGUCUUGUUUAAUAUUCUGACCUAUCCGGUAUCAAAUGCAACAUCACGUCAAAAAACUAGACGACCUCAUUGAAUGGUAACAUGACGUUGGGUUAUGUAAUUCCAUAGGCGUAAACCAGGCAGAUUGGUUUGACCGAACAGUCAAAGAAGUGAGGUCAUUGAAAACCUUUUUCCUGACUUAACAUUUCAGUUCAUAUUGGGCUCAAACCGCUAUCUCUAAAAAUAUGAUCACAUUGGACAAUUGCACACCGGUGCCAAUGUUCAGUACCUGUGCAGAAAGCAGCGUGUCCCUUGUAGCAAGAUGUUAAAGUUAGGGUGUCGGAUGGGCGCCUCAAGACUUUCAUGCAGGAGACCAAAGUUCUGUGACAGACAUCAUUUUUAACCACACCAACCAAUCUCUACCCAGCCUUAGCCAAGUGCUGUACUUGCCAAAGCCUAACCGAGGUCGUUAUUUGUCAUACAUUUUUUUCACAAGAGCCAUAAACUAUUUGCUAGAUAUUCUAGGAAGGGAAAACAAUAUUUCAAAUGUAAAUACAAUUCUAUGAAGCCCAGGGUUUUGCAGUAUCAAUGUUAUUGUUGAGUCUGCUUUAGCGGUGCAUAUUACCAAACAAAGUUGCUCAUUAAUUUUCUAUUUGUUUUGGCCCUAAAGAUCUUUGAAGAAGUUGCAUUGACUACAAAUUGAGAAACCACACUGCAGAGGCACCCUUCAAAAAUAAAUGUCUUAAAUUUCUUAUGCUUCUGCCCCUCGUUGCCAAGGUCCCUCCCCUCCCCAUCCAUUCACAACUCAGGUAUCUCUUUCUCAAUCUCCCAUGUUCCUGUCCACCCACAAUUCCUCUAAGAUGUACUGUAUGUAUGAAAAAAGGGAACAAAAAAAGUCAAGUUUUCCUCUCUCUUCUCUUCCUGUGAAUUCCAUGUGCUCUGUUUUGUGGUUCUUGCCCCCCUCCCUAAAAAAAAAUGCUAUUUUGCUUUCCUUGUCCAACUGUGCUUCCUGUCUUCUCCUUGUGUGGAUUCUGCCCCGUCUCUCUGCCCUUUCCCGAUAACCUUGUCCCUUUUUCUGAGACUUCAUCCCCCCAACACGCCAUCCAUCCCCCCACCCCACCCCAUCCGGAAGUCUCUCACAGCAAAAAACAAAAUUGGAGUAAAAUUGGACCACCUUCGCAUCAAAUUUAAAAAAGUUUGGAGAGACACUGGAUUUCAACGAGGAGGAAGACAGGAAUGGACAUUUAGAUGAAUG